CUUUUAAAAUCUCUCUAAACUCUCAACUAAAUAUCCAAUAACUUCUUAAAGAAAAUUCAUUGAAGAAGUGACUCAGCUAUAUAUGGAGUGGGUAGGGCCAAGCAUCGAAAUUGUUAAGCUUGUUGGUGGUCGAUUUCUGAGAUAUCUGAAAUACCAGAUAAAAUAUAAUGAUCUUUUGCAAAAGUUCGAGGAAAGCAAACAAGGCUUGCGCAGUCGAAGAGAUGAUAUCCAAUCAAAACGGGAGACUCAGCUUCAAUCUGCACCUUACAAUGUUGUAAGGGCGGAAGUGGAAGAUUGGCUUAAAGAAGUAGAAGAAUUUAUUGGAAGACAGGAUGUUGUUGAUGAAGUGAACAGUCGGGGGUAUCUUUCCUGGUGUUGCCGAGCAGUGAUUCUAGAGGAAAGGACACAAGAAUUGAAGGAAAUAUAUGAUAGAGGGGAUAACUACACUAGGGACUGUUUGGUCAUUGAAGAUCACUCCAAAAAAUUCAAUUAUUAUGUGCAGAAUUUUAAUGAAUGGAAAGAGAAGCUGCAGUGCAAACGGGUAGACAUUGGUUCAAAACUGAAUUUGCAACUUGUCUUUGGGAAAAUUGAAAUGGAGGAAGCCAAACGCUGGCGGGGGAAAGUGGAAGAGAUGUUGAAGGGAGUCAAAGAUAUUGAAGAUAAAAUUGGAGGGCGUCUCUCGCAUUCUUCUGAUUCUGUAAUAAUGCUUCUUGGAGAAAAGAUUCGAGAAAUGGAGACAAUGUGUGAAGAAGGAAGUCAAUUGCCAGACUAUGUGGUCAUUGAUGAUCCAUCAGCUUUAGCAGUUGAACUGCCAGUAUCAAAAUUACAAGGCAGUCAGGCUGUUAAAGCAAAUAUUUUGGCAUGCUUGAAGGGAGAAGAGGUGACAAUGCUUGGAGUUUGGGGGAUGGGGGGAGUUGGGAAAACAACAGUCAUGAUGCAUGUCCACAAUGAACUACUGAAGGAAGGUAUAUUCAAGAAAGUAAUUUGGGUAACUGUGUCACAAAACUUUAAUAGCUACAACCUACAAGAGCAAAUUGCAAGCAGCUUGGAGGAAAAUCUACAAGAGCACCAAAAUACAAUCAAUCGUGCAGCAAAGUUAUCAAAGAUGCUAGAAAAACACAAGCCUUACUUGCUGAUUCUUGAUGAUGUGUGGAGCAGUUUCAAACUUGAAGAUGUUGGACUUCUUGAGCCAAAUGUAAGCAAUGGCUGCAAGCUAGUAUUGACUACACGAUCACAAGAGGUUGCUCGUUCAAUGGAUUGUAGAAGAAUCCAAGUGGAGACUCUUUUAGAAGAGGAAGCUUUAAAAUUGUUUUUAAAUAAAGUUGGAGGUAUUGUUUUAUCAGAUCAUGGAGGAGGCAUUAAAAGGGAUUUAGAAUCAACUUUGAAGGAGAUUGUGGAUGAAUGUGAUGGUCUUCCCUUGGCACUUAUUACAGUUGCUGGCAGCUUAAAAGGAAUAUCUGAGUCACAGUUGUGGAGUGUUGCACUGAAUGAAUUGAGAGAUUGCAAAAGAAAUGUAGCAGGUACUGGUGCUAAUGCAUUUCAAAUAUUAAAGUUCAGUUAUGAUCGUUUGAUAAAAAAACAGAUCCAAUAUUGUUUCUUAUACUGUGCACUGUACCCUGAGGAUUGCAAGAUUCCGAAGGAGGAAAUAAUUGAAAGCUGGAUUGACGAGGGGUUUAUAGAUGAAAUGGAAUCUCGGCAAUCAAUGAAGGAUGAGGGUUAUGGUAUUUUGAGGAAGCUUGAAGACAAUAGCUUGUUGGAACUGAUUAAAGAUGAAGUUAGAGGAGAUCGUGUGAGGAUGCAUGAUCUUAUCAGGGACAUGGCCUUAGACAUUACAAGAAUGAGUCCUCGGUUCUUGGUAGAAGCUGGCAAGGCAUUGAAAGAGCUACCAGAGAAGGUGAAAUGUGCAGAAGGUGUUGAAAAGGUUUCAUUAAUGCAUAAUUAUAUUGAAGAAAUUCCAUGGAGGAUGGUGUCUCCAACAUGCACAAGUCUCACAACCUUGUUGUUGGCCUAUAACGAAUUGUCAACAAUUCCAGAAUCUGUAUUUGAGCACAUGCCGGAGCUAAAAAUUCUAGAUCUCUCCUUCAAUUACAAGCUAUGGAGUCUGCCAAAUUCAGUCUCCAAAUUGGUGAAGCUUACUACAUUGUUGUUGGAAUCAACAUCCCUAAAAAAGGUUCCAUCUUUAUCAGGCCUCGGAUCCUUGAAAAAGUUAAACCUUAGGGAGACAAAAAUCAAAGAAGUCCCUGAAGGCUUGGGAAUGUUGAAGAAUUUGAAAUGUCUUUUUCUUUGUGGAUCAGAACCUUUUGAUAUUAUUGAAAUAGAUGAAAUAGCGGAUGAAGUAUUAUCAAAUCUCUCCAAACUUCAUGAGUUAAUUGUAGAUGGCAGUAGAAUAAAAUUGAAGGGGGAUGUGGUUGGGAGAUUGAUGAAGUUGGAAGUUUUUCAUGGCUGGUUCCCCACUGCAAAUGACAUGAGAAUCUUUCUCAGAUGUCAGCCUGAUAGGCUGAGUAGCUAUUUUAUUACUGUUGGAAGCAAUUUGUUUAUGACUGAUUCUUUUCUAGAAAUUCUGCCAAGAUAUAAGAAAAUAAUGGUGUUCACGGAGACUUGUAUUGUUGGAGAGAAUAUGUUAUUUCCCUCCAUACAAAUAUUAGGUAUUGAAGCUUGCCGUGACAUAAGAAGCUUAGAUGAUUUUUCUAAAAUCAAUGAUGCAACAGAUUUGAGGAUAUGUUGGAUUCGGGAUUGUGAUGGCAUGCAGUGCAUUUUUCCCUCGUGGAUAAACAACUCAGUUGUCCAAACCGUUGAGUAUCUGAAACUUGUGAAUUUGCACAAAUUGGAUGGGCUACUUGAAGCAAACAUCAUUGCAAAGUCAUCACCUCCACCUGGGACAUUUUCAUCUCUUAAAGUAGUUCGGAUUUUUUCUUGCAAAAAAUUAAAGAAGUUGUUUCCAUCUUGGAAGUUGGUGGAAUAUCUCCAAAGCCUUGAAAGUAUUGAUGUCAACAACUGUGAAGAAAUGGAAGAAAUAAUAGCAUCAGAUCUAGAAGAGGGAGAAGGAGGAGGGGACAUCAUCAAGGAGCUCAUUCUUUCAAAAUUAAAACAUCUGAGAUUGGAGAGAUUGCCAGCAUUGAAGAGCAUCUGUGGCAGGAAAGCAGUAAUGGAAUGUGAUUCUCUUGAAAGGAUUGAAAUUACCGAUUGUAGGGGCUUAAGGAGGAUUCCUUUUCGUCGCCUUCCUCAUCUGUUUCUUUCUGAGUUGGACUACUUGGAUUGGGUGUUUGAAGUAGAAUUGAUUUCCAUGUCACCACCUCAGCCUAGCACUUUUUCAUCUCUUAAAGAAAAUAAAAUUGAGAACUGCAAAAGAGCAAAGAAGUUGUUUCCAUCUUGGAAGUUGGUGGAAUAUCUUCGAAGUCUAGAGGGUAUUAAAGUUGGCUGUUGUGAAGAAAUGGAGGAAGUAAUAGGAUCAGAUCUAGAAGAAGGAGAAGAAGGAGGGGACACCAUCAAGAAGCUCAUUCAUCCAAAAUUAAAAUAUUUGUCAUUGAAAUUCUUGCCCGCAUUGAAGAGCAUCUGUAGCAGGAGGGCAGUAAUGGUAUGUGAUUCUCUUAAAGAUAUUGAAAUUAACAAUUGCAGGGGCCUAAGGAGGAUUCCAUGUCAUCUCCCUCCUUAUCUAUCUCUUUGUGGGUUGAACAACUUGGAUUGGCUGUUUGAAGUAGAAUUGAUUGCCAUGUCACCACCUCAGCCUUGCACUUUUUCAUCUCUUAAAGAAAUUAAAAUUCAGGAAUGCAAAAGAGCAAAGUUGUUUCCAUCUUGGAAGUUGGUGGAAUAUCUCCAAAGUCUUGAAAGUAUUUAUGUCCGUGAUUGUGAAAUGGAAGAAAUAAUAGGAUCAGAUCCAGAAGAAGAAGGAGAAGAAGGAGAAGGAGGAGGGGACUUCAUCAAGAAGCUCUUUCUUCCUAAAUUAAAACGGCUGAUAAUGUUAUUCUUGCCCGUAUUGAAGAGCAUGUGUAGCAGAAGGGCAAUAAUGGUAUGUGAUUCUCUUGAAUCUAUUACCAUUUAUGAUUGUAAGGGCCUAAGGAGGAUCCCUCUCUCUCUACCCCUGGUUGAUAACGCCCAACCAUCUCCUCCGCCUUCCCUCAAAAAAAUCAACAUAUAUCGACGAGAACAAGAAUGGUGGGAAUCUUUGGAGUGGGACCAUCCCAAUGCAAAGGAUGUCCUUCAGCCCAUGGUUCAAGUUGCUCGUGAUGGAUACCUGAUUCCAUCAUCGGAGUCGGAACUGUCGGAAUCAGUGGAUUAUCCACAAGAUUGAAAGAUUUUACAUUAUCGGAGUUGGAACAGUCAAAAUCGGAGGGUUAUCUAGAAGAUUGAAAGGAUGAGAUCCCAGAAGAAGGUUUAUAUAGUCCCUUUCAUGUAGAAAAUGUGGCGAAUAAGGCAUCAUCUGUGUUGGCCAAAACAAAAGUGGACAGGACUACUAGGGAAAACACUUCUUAAAUUUCAUCCAUCAAAGGAGAAGUUCUUCCAGCACAUAAAGUUAAGGACUCAAAUAAAUAGUGAUGGGAGCUCUGGAAGUUUUGCUGGUUUAGGGGCAAUAUUUGCACUUUUCCUUAUGUGCUAUUAGCAUAUUGGCUUUAAUUGGUACAUGAUUGAUGCUUCAGACGUGAUGUGGAUGAAAGAAGUAUGAAAAGAAGACAGCACAGACCGAAUGAAGGUGAAGCUGAGAUCGAUAUUUCUCUUGCAAAGAGGCGAGUCCAAGCUUCUGAUAUUGGAAUUAUUACAUUACCCCAUAUUCUGCCCAGGUUGUCUUACUAAAGAUGCUGGGAUGCAAUAAGGACAGUCUAAAGAAAGUGUAAAUCUCAACUUCUAAUGGUUUCCAAGUAAAGAGAGGGAAGCCACUAUUAUUACCAUUUUUUGGUCAAACCGUGCCAAAGAGGUGGGGUUGUCAAGUGACCAUGGAUGAAUAUGAAUGUGGCUGCGACAUGAACAAGAAGAAAUUGUUACCCAGUCUGUGACACUGAAACAGUAAGAAGUGAUGGAUUCUUAGAGUGAUUCGUUGAGUACUUUGAGGAGCAUGGCGAGUAUAUAAGUGGCUCAAAAUACUACAUGGAUAAGUAAAGAUCCUGAUGGGAUAAGAACAAGAUUCUUUGUCCCCAAGGGCAUUUCAGUUUAUUGCCUAAUUUGCUACAUCCGCAUCUUCAGGAGCUGUGGAAAAUUAUUUCUGUUUGUUAAUUUACCUAGAAAAUCAACAGAAAAGUAAGGUGCCAGACAUCAUGAUCAUCCAUGUUUGUUUCAUGCUAAUAACUAGCAAAUAGGAUGUGUAUUAGUGGUGUAUGCAGGCCUACUGAUUGUUGUGACUGGGAACUUGGAAGACGGAGUCUCCUGUUUUAUUUUUCAAACUUCUGUGAUGAUGUCUUUGAAGUGACCUGAUGAAGUUUUUACAGCAGUAUAUUGUAUGGAUUGAAGUAUUAGAGAGUGUACUAUGCUGUAGUCAUUUGUCUCAUUUCUCUAGACCUUGUAACAUGGUUAAAAGAGAUAUCUUUCGUCUACUUCUCUUCCUUUCACAAACUGACUGAGAAAUGGAUUGGUUUGUCCUUUUGAAUUGAAAUUAUGUUUCAGGUUGUCCUACCUUAGAUGUUGAGAUGCAAUGACAGAUUAAAGAAAGUAAAAAACUCAAC